AUGUCGAUUGUGCACCUGCAAAACGUGGAGAUCAUUAACAGUCAGGCGCGCUUCUCUGACCCCUACAUUUUCAAGGUCACAUUUGAAUGCAUUUCUCCGCUAGAGGAUGACAUCGAAUGGAAGCUGAUUUACGUCGGCUCAGCGGAGUCCGAGGAGUACGACCAGGAGCUCGACAGCUGCAUGGUCGGCCCAGUCCCAGUUGGCGUCAAUUCGUUUGAGUUUGAAGCAGAGGCACCGUCGCCCGAAAAGAUUCCAGCUUCCGACUUGCUGGGCGUGACUGUGAUUUUACUUACCGCCUCGUACAAGGAUGCUGAAUUUAUCCGUGUCGGAUACUAUGUGAACAAUAUGUAUGAGUCGGAAGAGAUGCGCGAGAAUCCACCAGAGACUGUACAGCUUGACAAGGUCGUGCGCGAAGUCCUUGCUAGCAAACCUCGUGUUACUCGGUUCAAUAUUAAUUGGGACAACCCAGGUGAAAUGAUCAAGCCGCCGGAGGAAAGUCACACCUCUGUGAAUGAAGGGGCGAUUGCCGAUGAAGUGGAUACGAAACCCAACCCUGUAUUCCGCCCGGCACCUGGUUCUAGUACGGCUGGCAGUAGCGCAUUUGUGCCGCUCGAGUCAUGA